AUUAUCUUUCACAAAAAAUGUGGCCCUUUGAGUUGAGACUUUAGACGGGGGUUCCAAAAGGUCCCAUUUUUCAAAAUUUUCAUCUUGCUUUGCUGAGAGUCUAUCUGCCCGCUGCCGCCGAUUGCCGUCGCCGCUGCUCGUCGUCUUCAUCUGUGAGGAACCGUUUGAAUUGAGUUGCACAAUGCCAUCUCUCCAAACAGCAUUACCCCCUGAACUUGCCAACAACGCCAUCCGACUUUAUCGAGAGUGUCUACGACGAGCAAAAUACAUUGGCAGUAAGCAACAUAACACACAGCUUCUUGUUGGUAUGGUGAGGCAGCAGUUCAAAAAGCAUAUGCAUGAGACUGAUCCAGAUAAAAUUCAGAAAUUAAAGGAUGAUGCCGCGAGGGGGCUUAUAAAUCACAUGCUGCAUGAAUCUGAGAAGAUGACUGGCCGAAAAUUCAGCCAGGGUUCUUGAAAUCGCCUGCUAGCGAAAUAUCAAUGCAGAGACAAUAAAGACACUCUAAAUUUUGCCUAUUAAUGCUCAACUUUUUCUAAUCUACCUUUUUUGGACAGUAGUUUUUAGACUACCUUCUCCACAUCUUUGUUAGUUGAAAAACUGUAGUGUCUCAAUUGAUAGUCUUUAAAUGAUGAGUGUGAAGUGGGCCUUUUUGGAAUAAGCAAUUCAUUAUCAACGUGUUUGGAAUUUCAAUGUCUA